GCAAGAGAGAGAGAGAGAGAGAGAGAGAGAGAGAGAGAGAGAGAGAGAGAGAGAGAGAGAGAGAGAGCCACGACCAUCGCCCGACAAACCCAAGGACGAAGCUGACAGCGACGGGGGACGGCACGGCGAGCUUAUCCCCAAUGUUAGAUCCUUCAUCCACUUGGCAGCGCCCUGCAUCCAGGCCCAGAUUGCCAUGCUAGCCCUUCCGGAGCGACAAGUCCAUGAGGCUACAAACUCGCAAACGCCAUUCCUAGUUGAUUAUCUACUGUUCUCUGAUUGGGCAGUCAUCACCGCGAAGUGGAAAUCUUGCACAGAAUGAGUAGAUACUGUCAUCCAGACACUUGCUCGUGACAUCGAUCGCAUCCUCAAGCAGGCCGCAGUGCAGAACAGGGAAAUGGACAGGAUCAUCGCCAAGACCGAGAAAGCUAUUCUGGGUCUCCAUGGGUUCAACUCCACACACAUCUGGGACUCCGGAGAGAUCUCGACUGCCGAGAACUCAGAGGCCCAGAAACUCUAGAUGCUUGAAUAGCUUAACGUCACCCAAGAGGAGAGAGAAUGGUAUCUGAAACGCAUGGUUCAAAGGCAGCAACAGGCUGCCAUGCCCCAACCUGUUGCAAUACUGCGUAGAAAUAACAAUCCCUACAAGAUGUCCCCCGAUGCUCCCUUUGUCCCCGUCCAAACUGCAAGAUGGAUUGAGAACAUCAGUAGAUCAUAUGAUAAUAAGCUUUGGCUUCUUGAUUCGUCAACCACCUCGCUCCUAUCACUAUCCAAGCUUACACCACGCUCGCACAACUCAACUCGAGCCUGAUGAUCUUGCCGAAUGCGGGAAGGAGGCCGCAAAAGGGACGAUCACGUAUGCAUCAGCCGAGCUCGGAUAUGACAGGAACUGGCGUGGAGUGCUCGGAGGAAAAUACGUCGUCUGCUGGGAAGCAACAGGUAGAGGUCAUAAAGUCUACAGGGGACAAGCGGCUUUAUCGGGCUAUCACUUUGGAAAACGGUCUCUGUGCGCUACUGAUCCACGAUCCGGAGAUUGCUGCAUCGCAGGGAGAAGGCGGUGACAGUGUUGAUGGUAGUUGCGAUGACAAAGGGGGUGCAGUGCGAAGGUCUAGGCGUCGAGCAGGUCCUGGUCGGGGCUGUGCCUCAGACAGCGAGGAAGAAGAUGAUAGCUAUGAUGAAGACGAUGAGGAUGAGGAUGAUGACGAGGAUGGGGACGGCGACGACGAUGAAGAUAGUGGGUGGGAGACAGCUGACGAAGAGCGGACGACCGCCGUUUUGGUGAAUGGAGUUCCAGGGGAUAAGGGUGACGAGGGCGAGGAUGGCUGCGGUGACCAUUGUGAAGGAUGCAAACUGUGUGGAAACGAAAGCGAUGAGGAGGACGACGACGGGUCGUCCGAAGAUGAGAGCGACGGACCUCGACGUGACAUGCCCAAAGGCGGGGCGAAGAAAGCAGCGGCUGCUAUGUGCGUUGGAGUUGGGAGCUUUUCGGACCCUUUAGAUGCGCAGGGUCUCGCACAUUUCCUAGAGCAUAUGCUUUUCAUGGGGAGUGAGAAGUUCCCUAAUGAGAACGAUUACGAUUCGUUUCUGUCUGCACACGGUGGCAGCUCGAAUGCCUACACCGAUGCAGAGCAUACGUGCUUCCAUUUCGAAGUUAAUCACAAGUUCCUGACCCCGGCGCUCGACAGAUUUGCGCAAUUCUUUGUUGCUCCACUGGCCAAAGACGAAGCUAUGGAACGAGAAGUGCAGUCUGUCGACUCAGAGUUCAAUCAGUCCGUCCAGAAUGACCGGUGCCGAUUGCAGCAGCUUCAGUGUCAUACUGCCAACUCAGCGUAUGAACUACACAAGUUCAGCUGGGGCAACAGAAAGAGUUUGGGUGAGCCGCUUGUGAAAGGAAAAGGCAUAAGGGGGAAGCUAAUUAACCUCUACAAGGAGCAUUACAGGGCAGGAAGGAUGAAGCUGGUUGUUUUAGGGGCAGAACCUCUUGAUGGUAUGGAGAAGACAGUUAAGGAAUUGUUUGUUGGUGUACGACCGGGGGGUACAGAGAGGCUGAACUUUGCGCGAGAAGGAAGACUGUGGGAGAAGGGGAAGAUGUACAUCGUGCAGUCGGUCAAAGAUCAGCACCAGCUAAGCCUGCAGUGGCCUCUCCCUUGCCUUGAUUCAGUCUACCGCAAAAAGCCUUACGACUACGUGUCACAUCUUAUCGGCCAUGAGGGAGCUGGGAGCAUUCUCUCUCUCCUCAAGGCCAAGGGGCUGGCACAGAGCUUAACGGCGGGAAUUGGGGACAGUGGUUUCGAACGCAACUCCGCAAUGUAUCUGUUUAGUAUAAGCAUUCGGCUCACAGUGCUCGGACUCGAAAAGGUCAUGGAUGUUAUCGGGCUGGUUUACGAAUACAUCCAUAUGGCAAAGGAGGUCGGACCGCAGGAAUGGGUCUUUCGAGAACUGAAAUCUGUGGCGGAUAUGGAGUUCCGCUUUGCGGAGGAAGAUCUACCUGAGGAUUACACUUGCCGUCUUGCGGAGAACAUGCACCUCUAUCCGGAGGAACACAUCAUCUCAGGAGAGUAUAUCGUCGAGGAGUGGGACCCGGCGCUCGUGGAGGAUGUGUUUAACUGGCUGUCUCCUGAAAAUAUGCGUGUGGACUUAGUGACACGGUCAUUCGACAACACGUCGUCCGGUGUACUUGUGGAACCUUGGUUCGGAGUUCGUUAUCGGGUCAAAGACAUCGAUGCAGAGCUUGUGGAACGGUGGGCAAAACCACCGAGUUCGAACCUUGCACUCCACAUGCCACUGCAGAAUCUGUUCAUUCCGCACGACUUCACCCUGCGUGUUGAGCCUGUGAAACUGGCAGAACCCGUUGGCGAUUCGGGUCAGCUAUGUGAUGUGCUCACACCCUCAAACUCAGCACCUGCGAAAGUCAUGUCUUCGCUGGAAUCAUCUGGGAAAGCCACAUCAUUGCAAGCACCGUUGCCAGAAGCCGUGCUGACCGAGUCCUCUGCAGAAGUCAUGCCGCCAGGGUCAUGUGCAAAAAUCAUGUCGACAGAGUUAACCAUGAAAGUCACGUUGGCGGAGUUGCCUGCGGAAGUUGACGAUGCAGCAGGGACGACUUACCCGAAAACCAUGCCGGAGACAUCCGACAAACUCACUGAGCCGGCGCCGCCGAGCUCCCCGAAUGCAGUUGUGAAACGUUUCCCGAAAAUUAUUUACGAAGACGACUGCAUGAAGUUGCACUACCUGAAGGACACGGUCUUCAAAACACCGAGGGCGAGCGUGUAUUUUGCGAUUACCAGUGGGGUGUUCAUGCAGAGCGCGAAGAAUGUGGUCCUCGGGGAGCUGUUUGUCAAGCUCCAUGCAGACGCUCUCAGCGAAACUGUGUACCUGGCGAGCGUUGCUAGGCUGGAUUGGAAUGCAACGUUGAGCGCGAGCCGCUUAGAAUUCAAGUUUCAUGGAUUCAACGACAAGCUUGGCCUGCUCGUGAAGACGGUGUUCGAACAACUAAGAGAUUUCAAAGUGCAGAAGGACAGGUUUGAAGUUGUGAAGGAGGAGCUUGUUCGAGAUUACGGCAAUGCCAAUAUGAAACCGUGGAAGCAUUCAGCGUAUCUGAGGCUUCGCGUUCUCCGGGAAAGAGGCUUCCCAGUGGAGGAGAGACUCGAUGCAUUACUCUCUUGCACGCCAGAGGACCUGGCCAGCUUUGUUCCAGCCAUGCUGGACCAAACAUUCACAGAGUGUCUGGCUCACGGGAACUUGACGGAGGAGGAGGCUUUGGAGUUGGUGAAGACGGUGCAGUCCUGUUUACCGCAAAAAACAUUGCGACCUGAGCAUCGACCUGUCGAAAGAAUUGUGCAGCUCACCGAUGGCGUCUCGUAUGUGAUCAACGCACGUGCGAAGUUGGACGCUGAAGAAAACUCCGUCGUCGAAAUGUACUUGCAGAUGAAGCAGGACUGGGGGAAGGAGACGGUUCGAGAUCGCGCAAUUGUGGACCUCCUGGAACAUAUAAUCUGGGAGCCGAGCUUCGACCAGCUCAGAACCAAGGAGCAGCUGGGGUACUCUGUGGAAUGCAGUGUCAGAGUAACGCAGACGGUAAUGGGUCUUUGUUUCCGGGUUCAGUCAGCGGAAUACCACCCUCGGCACGUGCACUCGCGUAUCGAUGCGUUCAUCGAAGACUUUAGAAACUAUCUUGUUACGAUGACUGACGAGCAAUUCAGUAAUCAUCAGGAAGCGCUCAUUUCUCAGAAGUUGGAGAAGGACACGAACCUUGAGGAGGAAAGCGAUCGGCAUUGGGCCCAGAUAUGGGACAACCGGUACCUUUUCAAUGCUCGCAAGCUCGAAGCCCAAGCUCUUCAUGAAUUGAAGAUGAAAGAUGUGCUUCAAUGUUACGACUCCUAUCUCUCUGCCGCAUCCACGAGCAGGCGCAAGCUUGCAGUGCAAAUUUGGGGAAAGAAUUGCCAUGCAAUGAUGUCGGAGGUGGAUGACGCGAUGAAGGUGGCCGACGGAUGCGAAAAGCCCGGUGAUACAGCAUUGAUUAAGGAUAUUGCAGAGUUCAAGCGCCGGGCAGAACUCUUCCCGACUGUCCGUCCCGUUCCAGUGUUGUCUUCGUCGACUGUCAUGCAAUCCGAGUAAGUUCCCUCUUCCUCAACUGCUGUAUUUGAAUGCAUGUCAUUGGCCAAGCAGCGAAGCUGAUGAGCGGAAAAAAAUGGGAUUUGAACCCUCAACCUUAGCCUUGGGCCCUUGACAAGGCUAUACUCUACCAAGCCAUUUGCGCCAUCAAUACACUUUAUUCUGUGUUGCGCUCACCGUGAGAGGCCGAAGCAAGAGGGGGUACCAGUUUCAUGUGCCUCUCUCUCUGCUCUUCUUAGAUCUUACAUUCACAAGUGAAUUCAGAGUCUUUUCAAACACUUAGGCUUCUUUCUCCCCACUACCAGAUAGAUGGUCCUGAACUUGCUUGCAGAAGUAAACCUCCUUAAGUUGUCGUUCCAAGUUAAGAAAAAAAAUAAAAUAAUAAUAAUAGUUCUGAUUCUUCUGAAUUACCCACGGCUUGUCAAUCAAUUCGAUGAUGAUACUUCAGGGCUGUUUCCCUUUUUUUUCUGCAAAAAAAAAAAAAGAACAUGGUGCACAGAAGUGGAAUGUUUUAAUCCACUGGUCAACUGUUCAAACCCCGGCACAUGCAGUCAACUGGAGUCGUGUUCUGUUGUAUCCGAUGAGCGCCUCCGGUUUUUCUUUCGAGAGGCCGUCUACAGCGGCUGAUGUGAUUUCGUUUACAAAUGAAUUUUAUAAAUCUAG